AUGAAUUCAACUGGCAAUGAUAAUCGAAAUGAUUCAAUCGUUUAUCUUGAAAGAAAUAUUGAAAGAUUAAAAGGCACAAUUCAUAAAUUAGAAAAUGAAAAGAUUGCAGCCUUAGUUCAAGAGGUUAAUAUAUUAAGACAAGUUGUUGAUUUCCAAAGUACCAAGAUCGAGAAGCUAGCUUCUUUGGUUUCUGAUGUUUUAGAUAAAAAUAAUCAUGAUGUUAUAAGUUCAUUACAAGCAAUUCAAGAUGAUGUUGAUAGUGUUCAUGUCAAUGAAGUUCAAAAUCAAGCUGAUCAAUUACCUCAUCCUCGUGAUUUAGGUGGACCAGGUGGUGUUCAUUUAGAUAGUAAUAUGGAUCCUGCCUUACAUCAAGUUGCAGUUGCUGCUGUUGCCGUCCAAGCUCAAUCCCAAGGCUCACACUCUCAAGGUUCUCUUCAACAGCAACAACAUCCACAGCUUCAACAAGCACAACACACACAGCUCCAACAACAUCAACAGCUUCUGCAACAACAACAACAGCAGCAACAACAUCAACUUCAGAAUCAACAACAGCUUCAAAGUCCACAACCGCAGAUGCAAAACAUGUUGAAACAAAGGAAAAGAUCUUAUAGUAAAAGAAAGAUCGAUUCUAAAGAUAGCAAUGUAUUUGAUGGUAAUUCAGUUUCUGGACAAGAUGAUGAUCCUAAUUCACCAGGAGGUGCAGGUCCACGUGUAGUCAAAAGACCUAAAAUAACAGUUGACUUUUUACAUAAUCCAAUGUCAGUUAAAGAAAUUUAUGAUGAAUUCACUAAAGGGUUUAAGGGACAAAUACCAUUAUGUGAAAUGGAUGAAAAAUAUGGGAAACAUGAAUGGAGAGGUGAUUCUAGAUCUAAAGAAUCUAAAAGAUAUCAAAGAAGAAAAAAAUUAUGUGAUGCUAUUGAAAGAGGGAUGUUGAAAUAUGGUAAGACUGCAGAUGAGAUUAUUCAGUUUAUUGAAAGUUUUAGAGGUGAUAAAUCUUUAACUUGGGUAAUGAAUGGGAAUCUUCCAGCUGAUUUGGAAUCUUAG